AGCUUCCAUCACACAAGCAUACAGACCAAGAAAAGCGCAAUGGCGGAGCUCGCCUUUGGGCUUUCCAAGACGGUGGUUGAGGCGCUGGCCCUCAAGGUCAAGGACGCCAUAUCCUUGGAGGUGGAGCAGUGGAGGACCGUGGGGCGUGAGCUGGAGUUCAUCGUAGGAGAGUUUGAGAUUAUGCAGUCCUUCUUCAAGAUUGCCGAUGAGGAGCGUGCCAAGAGCAAUUUGGUGAUAACCUGGGUGACCCAGCUCCGCAACCUGUCCUAUGACUUGGAGGACUGCAUUGAGUUUGUCCUGCAUUUGGACACCAAGAAUACAUGGUAUCUACGCUUUCUGCCACACUGUGCGGGGAAAGUAGUGCUGCCCGUGGACGAGGCAGUUGACCAGGUAAAGCAACUCAAGGCCCGUGUACUGGAUAUGAGUGAGAGGAACAUGCGCUACAGGGUCAUCAAUGAGUCAGGCUCCAAACUUGACGCACGGAUGCAAGAGCCAUCCGCGGCAAGUGCAACUGAAUUCGACAUCCUCUUCAAGGCGAGGAAUGCUGUUAAGGAGCAGAGUGGCUUUUGGGAUCUCACGGGGUUGAUCAAUGGCAAAGAUGCUGACCUUCAAGUGAUCUCCCUGUGUGGCACAGGAGGCGAUCUUGGGAUGUCAUCCAUCAUCAAGAAGGCCUACGACAACCCAAAAAUUUGCAAAAGAUUCAAACUUCGCGCCUGGGUGAAGCUGAUGCAUCCUUUCAAUCCGCAUGACUUCAUCCAAGGCUUGGAGAAUGAGUUCUUCAUAAACUCUUGCGGUACGCAAGGAGAAGCCGAAGGUGUAGAUUUCCUGAAGAUGAAGGCGAAUGAAGACGACUCUGAUCUACUUGACAAAUUCCAUACGAAAGUCAAGGAGCACAAAUACCUCAUUGUGUUGGAAGAUCUGUCUAGCAUGGUUGAGUGGCACAAUGUUAGGACGUACCUGCCAGACAUGAAAAAUGGGAGCCGGAUUGUCGUUUCUACGCGGCAGCUCGAGAUUGCAAGCUUGUGCAUCGGUCAGCACUACCAAGUCUUGGAGCUCAGACAGUUCUCAGCUGAUCACUCUGUUUUCGUCUUUUUAAAGGAGGAUUUUCGACUUGAAGAUAUGAAUGAGAGGAAUGCCCGAGAAGUUCGCAAUUGGUUGGAUACUUUUCUCCAUGUAGGAUGCAAUUCAGAAGCAGACAAACUUGACAGUGAUAUAACUUUAACGCGCAACAAUGUCAAACCUCCUAUGGUCUCUUCUUUCUGUGGUUUUGCUGCUGUUAAGAAUUCAAAUAUUGUUAAAAUUGCCUACCGCCGCCACAUGCUUAAGGAGACGUUCGACAAGUACGCUUGGGUCAAUGUAUCAUGCCCCUUCAAUCUAAAGGAUUUCUCUUGGCAUUUACUUUCGAGUUUGAAUCCCGAAUCACUACGAAAUGAAGAUCCUGUUGAAGAGUGCUGGAAACUUUUGCAUAAGUAUCAUUGCCUUGUUGUUAUUGUUGGAAUGCAAUCUAAGGAAUGUUGGGACAUGAUAAAAGCUAACUUGACGUCUGGAACAUAUAGAAGCUGUAUCUUUGUCAUUACUGAAAAAGAAAGUGUCGCCACACACUGUGCCGCGUCAGAAGAUGCAACGUACAACAUCAAAGAUUUUCCCAUUGAAAAGGGAAUUAAGUCUGAUGAUAUGAGUGACGGGGGUGGCCCUUCACUUAAAAUGGAAGAGUUACGUGAUUGGGCCAAUAAGUUUCUUCAAGUCGGGUGCCAUUCGGAAGAAGACAACCCCCUCCAAAAAAAAAUUUCGGAAGAAGACAAACUUGACAGCAAGAUAACUUUGACACGGUACUGCUCCAAACAUCAUAUUAUCUCCUCCUUGUCUGAGUUUGGUGCUACUGAAUCAGAUUUGGUCAAAACUGUCUACAACCGCCACAUGCUUAUGAAGACAUUUGACAAGUAUACUUGGGUCAAUGUAUCAUCACCAUUCAAUCAGGAUGACUUCGUUGAGACCUUACUUUCCGAUUUGAAUUCAGAACCACUUCAACGACCUAUAUUUGUUUCAAUUCCUGAAUGUCAGUACCUUCUGCGUGAAUAUCAUUGCUUUGUCGUCAUUUGCGAUCUGCAGUCGUUCAAGAAAUAUAGUCAAGUUCUAGAGUUCAUAAAAGGUUCCUUAUUAACAUCUGGACCUUAUAGAAGCUGCAUAGUAACGAUUACUGGUGAGGAAAGUGCCGUGACACACAAUACAGGGGCAGAGGAUGCAAUGUCCAGCAUCGAAGGUCGAACCGUAAAAACGGAGGGUUUCCAGUGUGAUGAUCAUGCGAACGGCAGAGGUGACCCUUCCAUCUGGGAAACGGCCUGCCACUGGGAGUACAACUUCGUUCUUGUCGGACGGGACCUGGAGUUAAGGAAACUUGACCAUCAAAUUACUGGGACGCGCCACAGUAAGACAUCUCAUGUGGUAUGUGUGCUGGGACUUCCUGGUGUUGGGAAAUCUGCUCUCGUCCGAACCGUCUUUUAUCGCGUGGUGCUUCGGAAGACGUUUGACAAGUAUGUUUGGGUCAAUGUAUCCCAUCCAUUAAGUAUAACAGACUUCUGUCGGCGCGUUUUAGUGCAUAUGCAUUCAGAAUCAUUUAAAGUGGAAGAACCCAUCGAAGAGUGCCGGAAGCUUUUGCACAACUUCCAUUGCCUAGUAGUUGUUGACGGUCUACGGUCCAAGGAGGACUGGGACUUGAUAAAUGGUAUAUCAGUACAUUCAAGUAGCUGCAUCGUUGUCAUUACUAGAGAAGAAAGUGUGGCAAACCAUUGUACGCCGAGUGAUGCAGUGUGCAACAUUGAGGGUCUAGAACAUGAUGCAGCUCUUGAUCUCUUCCAAACGGAACUUGAGAAGGCUGGAGUUCAUCAGCAACGGGACAUGACCAAGUUGAAACAUAUCUUGUACAAGUGCGGUGGACUUCCCGAAGUAAUAGUUGCUUUAGCUCGCCACAUGGCUGAUCUACGCGAAGAUACAUGGGAAUGGGAGUGGAUGCGUCUGAAUGACAACUUUAUGCAUCUGUUGCAGACUAAGUCAGAGCUUGGUAGCAUAGGAAGCCUAUUCACCUGGAUCCAUUCUAAGAUUCGUGGUUGUCCGCAACCUGUGAAGAAAUGCAUGUUCUAUCUAUCAAUUUUUCCACAAAACAGCAUAAUUCGGCGGAGACGUUUAGUGAGGCGAUGGAUUGCGGAGGGCUUCUCUGAGCCUACUGAUAGCAAGAGCCUGGAAGAUUAUAUGGAGGAACUAUUCCACAAGCUUGCGGCACUGGGCAUGGUGCAGCGGCCACCACAGACAAAUACCAUGGCAGGUGCCAAGAGAAUGUCCUUUUUCCAAGUCAGCGGUUUCUUCCGUGAAUACGUCAUCUCACGGCCAAGGGAAGAGAAAGUCUUUUUCCCAGUGGAAGUCACUGUGCUGGAUGAGGGUCAUCGCCUAACCACAGAACGUGUGGGGCAACACAUAGCCAUCGGGGAAAACUGGGAGAGAGAUAGGAUUGUAUUUGAUGGCAUGAACUUCGAACGGCUACGGUCUUUGACAGUAUUUGGAGACUGGACGCCAUUCUUCAUCUCUGAAAAGAUGAGGGUGCUUCGGGUUCUGGAUCUGGAGAAUGCAUCAGGUAGUGUAACCAAUAAAGAUCUCGAAGUAAUGGUGGCAUUGCUGCCUCGCCUCAAGUUCCUUUCCCUGAGAGGAUGCAAAGAAAUAACUCACCUGCCAAGUUCCCUAGGUACACUGAGGCAGCUUCAGACUCUGGAUAUCAGGCACACCUCCGUAGAAUAUCUACCAGUGAGCAUCCUCAGGCUAAAGAGGCUGAACUACAUUCGUGCCGGCACCAUGCACUCAGCAGGUUAUAAUGGUGGUGUUGAUUUGCCUCGUAUUGAGCAAAUGACCGCCUUGCACACACUGGGUGUUGUAAACGUCAUAUAUCAUUAUGGCCUAAGAAGACUUACCCAGUUACACAAGCUUGGAGUGUCCGGUAUUAGCCAGAAGAAUAGCCGACAGUUGCUUUCUGCUAUCUCCGGUCACAACCAUUUGGAAUCCUUGUCACUGGUGCUCGCAAAGGAUAAUCAUGUUGUAAGUUGGGACGGGAUCAACUAUCCAAAGAAUCUACGGAGCCUAAAGCUGUAUGGGCAUGUGCAAAUGCUGCCACCACAGAUCAAGGAGCUUCGCAAUCUCGAAAAGUUGAGUUUAGAGAUUAUUUCAUUUACAGAGGAGGACAUAAAGGUCCUUGGGAAGCUUGAAAAUUUACAGAUACUACGUCUGUUUGUCAAGAUGUUUGACAAUGGUCAGCUCCAAUUUCCUAUCAUGGGGGAUGAUUUCCCUCAGCUUAAGGUCCUUGAGAUUGAUUGCAACUCCAAUUUACAUAUAUGUUUUCCACAACGAACAGUGCGGAAUCUUGAGGUUCUAAAGGUUUGCUAUCAUAGUGGAUCGCCAUUGCAGCUGUCUGGCCUAGAUCACAUGAUUUCCCUCAAGAAAGUUUGGCUUAAGGGUCCAUCUGAUGGGGCACUCUUGGACUCCGUGCGGCAGCAACUUGACAGGAAUCCCAAGAAACCUGUUUUCGUGCCGGUAGAAUGAUCCUGUAUACUCCACAUUCUUCCCUUACUUUUACCUUCUGUAUGCAUUUGACGUUCUAUUCUCUUCCUAUUUAUGAAAUACUUCAUCGUAAUGUAUAUCUAUAAGCUCCGAGGAAUCGGUUUCACGAAGUAUGUCCAAAUAUGAUGACUGCUCUUUCAUUUUCAAGAGACUUUGUAUGCAAAA